GCCCCAGAAGUUGUGGCCACGCCCACCACUGGGAGCGGAUCAGUCGCCAGGCUGGGCUUUGAGGGGAUCGGGUCGGUUGCUUACCCAGGGGGCUACCAUGUCGUCCGAAGGAAGCGAUGUGCAGCAGCAAGCCGUUCCCGCUGGCAAAGAGGCCGAGCCCCAGAACGCGGUGGUCCGUAUGGCCAACCUGCCGCUGGUGAGCUCGACCUACAACAUGGUCUCCACAGCCUAUACCUCCACGAAAGAGACUCACCCUUACCUCAAGUCCGUCUGCGAUGUGGCCGAGAAGGGGGUGAAGACCAUCACGGCUGCGGCCGUUAGCGGCGCCCAGCCCCUCCUCACCAAACUGGAGCCACAAAUUGCAACAGCUAAUGAAUAUGCAUGCAAAGGACUGGAGAAGCUGGAGGAAAAGCUGCCCAUCUUGCAACGGCCCUCCGAGAUGGUGGUAGCAGACACGAAGGAGCUGGUCUCCACCAAAGUGGUUGGCGCCCGGGACGCCGUCUCCAGCACCGUGAACGGGGCCAAGAGUGCCGUGAGCAGCGGCGUCAGCGGGGUGAUGGACAUGGCCAAGGGGGCCGUGCAGGGCAGUGUGGAGAUGACCCGGUCGGUGGUGGCCGGCGGCGUGAACACCGUCAUGGGCUCCAGAGUGGGGCAGAUGAUGGCGACCGGCAUGGAUGCCGUGCUGGUCACCUCAGAGAAGCUGGUGGACCAGUACCUCCCCAUGACAGAUCAAGAGCUGGCCAUGCUGGCCACCUCCGUGGAGGGUUUUGAGAUGGCCACCGUGGAGCAGCAGAGGCAGGAGCGGAGCUACUUCGUGCGCUUGGGGUCGCUGUCGACCAAGCUCCGCCACCGUGCCUUCCAGCACUCCCUGGCCAAGCUGAAGGAGGCGAAGCAGAGCACCCAAGACAUCCUCUCUCAGCUUCACCAAACCAUCGUGCUGAUCGACCAUGUCAAACAGGGUGUGGACCAGAAAUGGCAUGGUGCUCAGGAAAAGCUGCACCAGAUGUGGUUGGACUGGAGUCAGAAGCAAACUGGGAGUGAUAAACCCUUGGACCCAUCUGCUCACCCAGAGGUGGAGUCCCAGGCCCUCGCCUUGUUCCGGGGGCUCACACAGCAGCUGCAGCUCUCCUGCCUAACGCUCAUGUCCAACGUCCAAGGGCUGCCUGCCAGUAUCCAGGACAAAGUCCAGCUGGUCCGACACGUUGUGGAAGACUUUUGCGCUUCCUACUCAUCUGCCAGUUCCUUCCAAGAGGUGCCCACGGCCGUCUUGCUGCAGAGCUGCGAACGGAUCUCCAAGGCACGCGGGUCCGUUGAUGAGAUGGUGGACUACGUCGUGCAGAAUGUGCCCCUCCCCUGGGUGGUGGGCCCCUUUGCCCCCAGUUUGGUGGAACGCCCCGAUGUGCCGAUGGAUGACUACGGGAAAGACAGCGAUGGCCUCCAAGCCCUGGGAAAAGACCACAAGGAGCCUGGGAGCCUGCAGGAGGAAUGCGCCGAGCCACAGAAGGGCCCAUAAGGAUGCCUCCAGGUUUCAGACAUGAGCAGUGGCUCCUAAGAACUCUAGGAAUUACCUGGAAGAGAGCCUUUGGCACUCUUGCAGUACGAUACUUCCUAGUAGUUUCUGAGUGAGCCCAGGUUCAGCGGCAUCUGUCUCAUUUCAAACGUGCCUUUUUAGAAUCUUUUGCCUUGCUGUGAGCCUUGAGCCCCACAAAUUGGAGGUGGGCAUUUUAUGUCUGUAGGAUUAAAAUAGCUGUGAAUAUAAAGUAACCAUGUUUCUGGACCCCCAAGGAUGGUGGAGGCAGGGUCUUUGUUGCCAACCAUUCUGCCCUUUCCAAAAUGACCCGCUGCCUUGUUCGCAUCAGCCGGGGGUGUCCCUGGCUCUUGUGCACACUUUCCCAAAAGUUGCACUCUGUUGCAAAGUGCCCCAGUAAAUUAAGAAAGGGAAGAGCUAUCCAGCGUCACGUCUGUCAUUGCUCAGCCAAUGGUCCUUUCACACAACCUGCAAUGAGAAGGCAGCCUGACAUUUUUUAGAUGGAGAGAAGUAGGGUAAGUUGAUGUGCUAAUCAAACACGUGAAAAUCAGGUUGCUAGAAUUUCUGGGUAUAUUCUUUGUGGAGAGAAGGGAUCGGGGAACGAAGAUAAGUGGUUUAAAUUUGGUUGGGAGGAGGGAGAGCUAUGUGGCUUCAUAUGCAAUGCAACCUUUCCAUUUUCUAGUGCACCGAAAGGAGAACCAGGUCAUGUGAUUGUCCUAAGCAAGCUUUAGUGCCUACAUGAUGUGUUUAAGUACAAUACCCAUGUUGCCUGGGAUUGAUGGGAGUUGUAGGCCAACACAUUUUCAGGAAGCUAGGAAUGACAGUGAAAUCUGCCAUGGAUGCAAAUGAGUUUGGAUUUGUAUGACUGCAAAUUUUCAAAUACAAAAAAAUGAAUACAUACCCUCUACAGCUAUGUAUGAACUUGCAUACUAGUUUCCCAGAAUGUUAAUUAACUUGCACUGGUGGAAAAAUAUUCAUUUAAAAAGCCAGCCCAAAAUGCACAUUUCCCCCCAAAGCUACAAUGUAAAAUACACAUGGUAGAGGGAAAUUGUCGUUUUCAGACAUGCAAGAUUGUGCAAGUGCAUGCAAAUACAAAUUAAAGAAAUGGAAGAAAAGCUAAUCAAGUGAGCAGAUGAUUGGAACAAAAGGGACUUGACAAUCCAUUAAAAAGAGAGAGGAUUUAACAGCAUCAGUACUCUCUUUAAACAAUUCAGCCCUUGCAGCAAAUGCAGUGGCAAAGGAUUCUGGGGGUUGUAGGCAGAAACCUCUUGCCUGCCACUAGAGUCAUGGAAUGCCUUGUUGUAUGCCUCUGCCUGGCAUGGCUUUCAGGUUUUCCCACUACCUUUCCCCUCCAACAAAAUGUUCAACUUUCAACACUCCCAACUGCCUUUGGAGAAAAGCUGCAAUUGGUGUGGCAUCAUUUCCCAUUUCCCCUCUCUUCACAUGCUCUCAAAAAGAUGCAUUCAGUCUGUUUUGGUCUGGAAUACUUCUAGCAUGGGCUCAAAAGGGUGGAUUGUUCUUGUAAAUGAAUAUUGAUCCAAAAAGGGCCAUUCCAGCCAGUCCCGCAAAGUGCCAGCAACAUGUUGUACCACUGUAGAAUGGCCAGUGUUUUUAAUUAUUUCAUUUUUCCAAAAUAAAAAGUCUUCUAAACUA